AUGAAAUUAGGGAUCGUUUGUUACACUUAUUUUGGGUCUAACCAGCCACAAAAGAUUGAGUUUAGUUAUUGGAUUCUGGAAAUAUUGUAUCUUGUUAUCUCAUACUCUGUGCUGUCAUUAGAAGCGGAAAUGUUGAAGUGCUCACCUCCUCCUUCAAGAACGCUUUCUAAUGGUGGGAAGAAGGUGAAGAGUAUUAUAGAAGAGACUGGAGUAGAUGCAAUUGACACGCAAGAAGACGGGAUAGUGAAAAUUACUGCCAGGGAUUUGGCUAGUAUAGAAAAGAACUGCGAGAUCAAAUCAAUAGCUCCAUAUGGAGUAUUUGUGGAAAUAGCACCUGGGCGAGAGGGACUUUGCCAUAUUAGUGAGUUGAGUUCGAAUUGGCUGGCAAAGGCAGAAGAUGCUUUUAAAGUUGGAGACCAUAUUGAUGUUAAACUAUUGAGGUACGAUCUACUAUUUCUGACAUCCUUAGAAAGAAAUAACUGUAAUGUUAACUGUCUGGUAAAUGAGAAGGGGCAACUUCGCCUUAGCCACCGAGCGCUACUUCCAGAUACAGAUCCAGAGAAGGCCAGUGCAAAGCAACCUACAGGUGACGCCAAAGAUGUUGUAGGUUCUCAAGAAACAUCUGACAAAGGUUUACCUAAAAAAAUGAUUAGCAUUCGAAAGGGGGACUCAGCUGAAAAAUAUAAGCUCGCCCAAAAAUAA